GCACUCUGUUCCGUUCGCGCUGAGCGGAUCGAUUCUGAAACUGCCCGCGUCACCCAGCUCGGCGCCGGAUGGCGACCCGUCAUCCGGUGCCGAGCUUGGUGAUACAGGCAGUGGUCGUAUUCCUUACAGCCGCAAGACGAUGAUUGGGACGUGCCUUCACAGUCAAGUUCACUACUAUGUCCGACAACGAGUUCACUGCCUUGUACUGCGCGCUGUGCGACCGGUACUUUCUCGACGAGGCUGCCUGUGCUGCGCACGUCCAGCACUCGUCGAACCACCCUUUGUGCGCCCCCUGUGGCAUACGCUUUGCGAACGGCCAUAGCCGCCGCCAGCACUGGUGUAACUCGCCUAGGCACAACUACUGUGCGGCUUGCGAGGUCGAUUAUGAAACCACUGCUGGUCUCCGAGUGCACCUCGAGUUCGCAGCGGUCCACCGCGACGACUCUGAUGAUGACGAUGAUGACGACGACGGCGAUGACAAUGACACUGUCUUCGCCGAGACUCCUGGAUGGGAAGAUGCCCUCGGCCGCCGGAUGUUCCCCGAGGACGUAGAGCAGUCCGCGGACGACGACUUCGACGUCCCGGAGCAGCGCCCCGAGCCACCCACCAUGCCCACGCCCGAGGAGCUCUGGGCCGAGGACGAGGAACUCGACUUCGAUGAGGAGUGCGAGAAUUACUUCGGAUAUACCACUGCUGGCCCGCCCAACUCCAAUACGACGGAUGCCAACUAUCCAUCAACUGUGAUGGUGAGCGGCAUCCCUGCGCACGAGUAUGCGGCCGCGAAGGCUGCUCAUGAUGCGGAGGAUGCUCAGCGCAAGGCAGAGGCCGCCGCGGCGCUAGCAGCACCGGCACCUUCUGGCAUCCUGUUCAAUUGCCCGCUAUGUCUCGAGGCACCAGAGGAAGCCAGCGCGACCCGUUGCGGCCAUGUGUUCUGCUCUCCAUGCAUCCGGUCUGCGCUUAAUGUCAAGCGGAGUUGCCCUGUAUGUCGCACGCCGUCUGUGCCUCUGCAGCUCAGGAAGCUGUAUCUAUCUGCCAACUAGAUACUUAGUAGGGAAUCGCUGCGGGCAGCGCUCCCUAUUGAUGUUCGCCAAUCAUGUAUACUUAUCAUAAGUCUCUAUUGCGAUGAGUCCGAGUCUCUCUCGGAUGAUCCAAAGU